UUGAUUUGCCCGUUCACACAAAAUGUGAAUUGUUCAAUUGAUGCUGGAAUUUACCAACUUCAGUAAAAAAUCUUUGGGAAAAAUGCGUGAUUUCUAGAAACAAGAAAUGAGUUCGAAAAUUCAAAAAGCUCUACAAAUCUUCCAGAUUGCAUAUGAUAUGAUUGAAUUGUGAAUAAACUUCUUAAGAGCUCGAUAUUGUUCACUCAAAUUAUCGGUACCAACUCUUACUUCACCGUGGAAGGCCACCAACCCUGCUUGCCCAUACCACGCCGCACCAUGAAGGUCCUGCACUCGCUGCGAUGCCUGAUGCAAUAAUUUUUCUACUCUACGAUAUUCUAGUUAAGCUUCGGUUCUCUAAACAUGACGAACUCUCUCGAGGAAAGAUUGAAGACUCACUCUACGGCUUUCGAUGGCUUGUUAUCUUUAAUUCCCGCCAAAUACUAUUACGACGAUGCCACCCAAGACCAAUGGCAAAAGAAGAAAAAGGGAAAGAAAGAGGUGAGCGAAGAUAGAAUGGCAAAGUUGGACCCCGAGUCUGCUGUAACUGCUGACUCAUACAACACCAACGGUGCAAGUGCUAAAGAAGUCAUGGACAACAGAGCGAUGACAGCCAAAAAGGUUAGUCUUCCCCGCAAACAAAUCAAAAAUGAAGCUAUUAAGGAGAAUGCUAAGGAGGAGAAGGAUAUUCCCGAGAAAAGUCUUCCGGAAACUAAAGACGGUGAGGAGCUUAUAAAUGUGAGAUCUCAGAUGGUUUUUGACGAUGAAGGCGAUGAACAGGCUUCUGAAGAGAACCCAGCUGUCGAAAAGACUCAACAGAAGUCCAAAAAGAAAGAACUCACCCCUGAAGAGCAAAAACUUCGCGAAAAGCGUAGGGCUGACUUGAAGGAAAAGCUCGCUAAAAAAAUUAAUCUUUUGAGAGAGAAAAGAAAGGCCCCAGGCACCAAGACAGGUGGUCCUGUAAAAUCGAGGGAGCAAAUGCUCACGGAGCGUAAGAGAAGAGAAGAGCUCAAAAAGCAAGAGAAGCUUAAACGGAAGCGAGAUGAGGUCGACGAUGAAAGUGAUAAGUCGGAUGACGAAGAAGAAGACGAUGAAGAGGAAGAUGAAAAGGAUGAGGAUGAAGAAUCCGAUGUCCUCUUCGGUAAUAUUCAAUUUGCCGACGGCUCUAGAAUGACCUCCGACUUGAAAACCAUUCGGAACGGUGUUGAUAAAAAGAAAAAGAAAGGGCCUGCAAACAAAGAUAUCAAAGCGCAUUUGACAAAGCUUGAAGCCAAGAGAAGAAAGCUUGAUCUGCUAACGCCCGAGGAGAGAAAGAAGCUUGAAGAAAAGGAACAGUGGAGCAGUCUUAUGAGUCAAGCAGAAGGUGUCAAGAUCAAGAAUGACGAGAAACUUUUGAAGAAAGCAUUAAAAAAGAAAGAGAAACAAAAACUUAAGAGUGAAAUCGAGUGGAGAGAAAGAAAACAGGUUGUCAAAGACACAGUCUCCGCGCGUCAAAAGAGAAGAGAAGCAAACUUGAAGGCAAGAAGGGAGAAUAAGGGAAAGAAGAGCAAAAACCAACAGAAAUUGAGGAAGUUCACAGGUGUCGUGAAGAAAACCAAAGGCGCUAAAGAUGGUAAGAAACGAGCUGGAUUUGAAGGCAACGCCAAGUCCAAGGGCAAGCAGAAAAAUUAGCAUGUAAUAUAGUAAUCUAAUGAAAUGAAGGUUAAAGACGCAAUCGUACCAGCACAAAACUUCAGUGCGGUCCACAAGCUAGGCAAUAUUUGAGGUGAACUCCCACGAUAUGUAUUGUUAAAUCUGAUUCUCUGAAUUGCCCGAAUGGUGGAUGACCCUGUCACUGAAUAU